CUCAUCCCAAACACGCCGGGGUAAGACGGUCUCUCCGCGGCGGAGUCCUCUCAUCACUGCCCCCCCUCGCAUCAUGGGAGCUGAAUUAAAGCGGCUGUGACACGCUGUCAGAAAGAACCCAACCUCCGACCUGAGAACUAAACUGCUCCGGAAAAAGAAGAAGAAGAAGAAGAGCUCGUGGGGUUUUUCUGUUUGUUUGGAUGGAGAAUUUGGAAUCGAUGGUGAAUGAGCUGAAGUCAAGCUGGUAGUGAAGGUGCUGGAUUUGUUCCCCCCUACGCCCCAAGCCGGACACAGCAUGGCGGCGGGAGUAGCGGCAUGGCUUCCCUUUGCCCGGGCGGCAGCUAUCGGCUGGAUGCCUGUGGCCAAUUUGCCCAUGCCAGUGGCACCAGCUGAGAAGAGCAAGCGGCAGGAUGAGCUUAUCAUUCUUAAUGUUAGUGGACGACGCUUCCAGACCUGGAGGAACACGUUGGACCGCUAUCCAGACACCCUGCUGGGCAGCUCAGAGAAGGAGUUCUUCUACAACGAGGAGACCAAAGAAUACUUCUUUGACCGGGACCCUGACUUGUUUCGCAGUGUGCUCAACUUCUACCGCACCGGAAAGCUCCACUACCCACGCUACGAGUGCAUCUCCUCUUACGACGAGGAGCUGGCUUUCUUUGGCAUCCUCCCAGAGAUCAUUGGUGACUGCUGCUAUGAAGAGUACAAGGACAGGAAGAGGGAGAACGCAGAACGUCUGAUGGAUGACCAGGAGGACAACAAGGACGCCAAGCUGCCCAACAUGACCUUCAGGGAGACCAUGUGGCGGGCCUUUGAAAACCCCCACACUUCCACCAUGGCCCUAGUCUUCUACUAUGUCACUGGCUUCUUCAUUGCUGUUUCUGUCAUCACCAAUGUUGUGGAGACAGUCCCCUGCGGCUCAGCACCCAACCAGAAGGAAGUUCCAUGUGGUGAACGCUACACUGUAGCCUUUUUCUGCAUGGACACAGCCUGUGUCAUGAUCUUCACCGUGGAGUACCUGAUGCGCUUGUUUGCCGCUCCCAGCCGCUACCGAUUCAUGAGGUCGGUCAUGAGCAUCAUUGAUGUAGUGGCAAUCCUGCCCUAUUACAUUGGCCUGGUGAUGACUGACAACGAGGAUGUGAGUGGCGCUUUUGUGACCCUGCGAGUUUUCCGCGUGUUCCGUAUCUUUAAGUUCUCCCGUCACUCGCAGGGCCUGCGCAUCCUAGGCUACACGCUGAAGAGCUGUGCCUCCGAGCUGGGCUUCCUGCUCUUCUCCCUCACUAUGGCCAUAAUUAUCUUUGCUACAGUUAUGUUCUACGCAGAGAAGGGUUCAAGCUCCAGCAAAUUCACCAGCAUCCCAGCCUCCUUCUGGUACACCAUUGUUACUAUGACAACGCUCGGGUACGGAGACAUGGUCCCUAAGACGAUUGCAGGGAAGAUCUUUGGUUCGAUCUGCUCCCUGAGUGGGGUGUUGGUAAUCGCCCUGCCUGUCCCCGUCAUCGUGUCCAACUUUAGUCGCAUCUAUCACCAAAACCAGAGAGCAGACAAGCGGCGGGCACAGAAAGUACAGAAAGCUCGCUUGGCCAGGAUACGAAUAUCCAAGACGGGAAGCUCCAAUGCCUUCCUCCACAGCAAGCGCAACGGCCUGUUCAACGAAGUCCUAGAGCUCACGCAACUUCCAUACAAGAUGAACCUUUCAGAGCAGAGUUCUGAGGAGGAGCAGCGGUUAAGUAAGUCUACUUCUCUAUUAGAGAGCCAGCACCACCACCUGCUGCACUGUCUGGAGAAAACCACUAACCACGAGUUUGUGGAUGAGCAGUAUUACCAGCAGAGCUACCUGGAGGCAAGCCUGCAAAACUAUCAAUCUCGAAGCCCCUCCCUCUCUAACCAAGAAGGCGUGACGGGCACAUGCUGCACCCGCCGAAGCAAGAAGCACCACAGCCCUUUACAGAACGCCAGCGGCCCAGCGCACAUGCAGCCUUUGACGCACACACACCAAGGCUUGCAGGAGCUCAGCACCAUCCACAUCCAGGCCCUCAGCACCAGCCGCUCCAGUCUGAACAUGCGUGUGGACGAACCAGCACCACUGAACUGCCAGAGCAGCCAGAUCACCACAGCAAUCAUCAGCAUCCCCACACCGCCUGUGACAACCCCUGAUGGCGACGCUCACCUGCCAGCAGGCCCCACCUACCAGAACGUUGUGAAGGUGUCCGCACUGUGAAGACUGGAGUUGCAGACCCGUCGUUCAGAAAGACAGAUAAAGACUCACUGAGACAGACUGAGGGACAGAGGAGGACGGAGGAGAAAGCAUCCGAGAGUCCUAGCUGUGGUGGAGCCUGCCCUCUGCUGGUCAUGUACUGUAACGACAUGGACUCCCUGUACAGACAGAGGAUGGCUUUUAGAUACAGUAUAUUCAUGUUAGUGGUUGGCAUGCAUGUUUGUGCGUAAGCGAGUGUGUGUGUGUGCGUGUGUGUGUGUGUGUGUUUGUGUGUGUGUGUCUAUGUGUGUGUGUCUAUGUGUGAGAAUAUGUUUAAGGUGUCAUUCUAGCUGAGGAGGCAGGUGAGAGUUCCCUCUAAAAGUGUUGGAGAUGAGUUCCCAGAGUUCGUCAUGUGUCACUGUGCACAAAGCACCUUUUUAUGAUUUUCACUUCAGUUUGACACUUCGAUCUUUUUUUAUCAGGAGAAAUAAGGAAAAGGGAGGAAAAGUCAAACUUCAAUAAGAAAACGUAAUCAGAAUCCUUUUCCCCUCUGAUUUAUCCCUGCCCUCUCAUGUAGUUUUGAUCCUCUUACCUAACGAUAGAUAAAUAUACCACCGAGUCCUUUCCUGGUCCAAUAUUUCUCCACAAGAGCUACAAUUCCUACAAAGAUGAAAUAUGGUCGGUGUUUCUGUGAUGGCGUUACCGAGGAGUUUCAUAUUUGUGAAUGAAUGAAUGUGACUUUUUGCUAGAUAGAGGAUUUGUGACGUUUUGGAUAGAAGAUGUGUGUGUGUGUGUGUGUGUGUGUGUGUGUGUGUGUGCGUGCAUCUGUGUGUGAAUGUGUCGGUCGAUUGAAAACUUGUGUUUCAAUUCUUCUGGAAGUCUCUACGGCUCAGUAUAUGGCAUAUUUGACUAGCUGCCACUCUGAAGGGUUCAUCGCACACAUUUCUGUCAGAGACCCUCAGCUACAAGCCUUCUACACAACAUGUGCCUGUUUAGCUUUAGAGUAAAAAGAGAGUUCUGUUACAGUUUUCUGAAUACCCCCCGCCCCCUUUUUUCUUUCCACCAUUCGACUCCUACAGCCUGACGGACCUCAAACAACUCAAUUCUUAACAAACUAGCAAAAACAAAAAAAGAAAUGUUUUUGAUUCAAACCACGACAAUUAAAAGCACAAGGCGCCUGCUGAGAAUUUCUGACACAAAUCUGUCCUGAACCC